AUGUUUAGUACGGAGGAAUUUAUUCGACAAUAUUAAAACCUAGCUAAUGCUGAUAAAACCAUUAGUCAUCAAGCAAAUCAAUACAUUCUCAAACUACAACAAAGCAAUGAGGCAUUCACAAUUGCAAAAGAAUUGUUAGACCAACCGAAUAUACAAUAAGAAUAUUAAUUCAUUGCAUGUUAGAUGAUAUACAGAAGAUUGAAAGAAGAAUGCAAUAUUGCAAUCCAACCAUAUCUCCUAGAAUUAUUAGCAAGACCCUUACCAACCGUUGCUCUGAAUUAGGUCUGUUCUUCUUUAGCCGUGAUCAUAGUUGGUAAUCGAUCACUAUGGGAGGGAAUAUUAUAAGAGUUGGUUGUGUUGAUGAAAGCCAAAAUGACAAUAGGAAUUGAAAUUUUAACAUAGAUUGCAAUAUAGGGCAAGGAAUGGUAUAAGAAAAGUGAAUAGUUAAGAUUGUAAUAGGAAUUCAUAACUUAAGAAAACACAUUGUCUGAGAUAUUUCUGAAUUUGCUCUGGGUGUAAGACUUGAGUGUAUUUAACUAAACCGUGUAUUGUAUUGAAUGUUGGGUGCAAUUCUCAUAUAAUAUAUUCAAAGACCUCAAAUUAACUCAAUAAAUAUUAAGUUUAUUACAUCAAACACUUUCAACAAAUGCUACCGAAUAUAGUGAUAAAUUAUUUGCCUUAUUAAAUGAAGGUGUCAUCUUCUCAUAGUACAAUAGAUAAUAGAAUGUAAAUUCGAUUGAAGCUGGAGUGUUAUAAAAUUUAAAUUUGAUUCUUGAAUUCAUCAUUAAAAUCUACAGUCCUCAAUUGUCAAAGGGGUAUGCCUCCUUUGUAACUAAAUUUAUAUGUGAUUUCUAUGCCAUAGUUUUCAACUCAACAUAUGAACAAGCAGUGUUUAAUUUGAUGGGUAAUAUUGUGAGUAAUCCAUCAAGGAAGAUUGCAUUUUAAACAUUCGAAUUUUGGAGCUAGAUGAGAGAGUAUAAUAAAUUAUAAGGGUUCGGUUUGAACAUAUUAUAAACAAUGAUUGAUAAAUGUAGAAUGAAAACAAUCAAAUUGACAAAGGAGUUUCUAUUAGGAGAGCCUGAAGAGGAAGAUGCCGAUUAUAAUGUUAAGUAUUAUGAGGGAGGCUAACAUUUCAUAUCGACUUCUGAUUUCAGAGAACAUUCUAAGGAUAUCUUUUACAGCAUCUAUAAAAGUGCUGAAAUGAAUAUGCAAUCAGACUAAUACUUUCAGAUUGUGUUAACUAAUUUAGUUAUUUCAAGCCCUGAUUCCUAAAUGUAAAUAAUUCAAAGUGAGUCAGCAUUGUUUUCAUUAUGCUCAAUCAUAGAUGAGGCUGAUAUCUAAAUCAACAAUCAACUCAUAUUACAAAUAGUUCAAUUUAUUUUGUCAUUACCAGUUCAUCAAAACUUUGACAUCAUCGUUAAAACAUCCUUAUAAAUGUUUAGUGAGUUCACCAAUCAAUUGUAAUUGAAUAGUGAGAUUUUGCUUCAAAUUACUUAAUACUUCUUCAAAUACAUGCUCCAUCCAUUAUUGGGACCUUUGGCAGGAGUAGCAUUUGAAUAGAUUUGCAAUCUAAGUACUUUGAAUAAUGUUUAAUUGAUUACUGAGAGUGUCAAAUUCUUAGAGUUGCAUUUUAGUGAGUUCAUCAAUUAAUCCCAAGUGAGUAACUACAUUGAGGGAAUAAUAAAGUUGUGUUACAGAUUGUUUACAUAAGGCAGCACAGAGUGUUUAAUAUAAUUAUUCAAUUUUGCAAAUCAUCAAUUUUAACAAGUUAAGAAUCCUUAAGUAACUGAGAAGGAAUUCAACUACAAUAACACUUUAGUCAUCACCAUACUUUAAUGGAUGAAUUUGAAUGCCAGAGAGAACGAUUAAAUAAAGUAAUUAUUAGAUCUAUUGUGUCAAUCAAUAUUUGAACCAUUGAUUGUUGUCUUGUAAGGGUAAUAAAGUUGUUCUUUAUAUGAUGAAUUUUUCAAAUUAAUUCGAAUUAUACUGAAGGUGUCAAACUACUAAAAUCAAUAAUAGGUCAUUCAUCUGUUGUAAAUUUCCUAUUAAGUAUUUCAUUCUGAUCCAAUAUAAAAACAUAAUUGGCUAUAGUUAAUAACUUAAGCUAUUGGUAGAUCUGCUGAUCAUUAAUUUGUUGCUCAGUGGGCCAAAGUAAAUGAUUAUUAAAUUCAUUUAUUUUGUAUAGAAUAGUUCAAAUGUUGGAAAGAUCCAGAUCUAAUGAAGGUCUAUGUUGAAUAUGUCAAAGAAUGUAUAAGAUGUUGUCAAUCUGUGCUAUUUGAAUCACCAUACUUGUAAAAAAUAAUUGAUGUGAUCUGCGAUGCAUUUUUAACACUUAAUUCAUAUGAAAUGCAAAGAGAAAUUCUCUAUUUUUUUAAAAUUUUAUUUUAGUGUGUAGAGAAUAGUUAAGAAUACUUCAAUCCAUUGGUGGUCAAGAUUAUUAAGACUCUGUUUAUGUCCAUUAGUGAUAUCAAUCCUGCGAUUGUGUUUUAAGUAGUAUAGAUAUUAACUUUGGUUUUGUAAAAAUAAGUGAAUCCCAAUGAACUAGAGGAGUUAAUUUAUUAAACAUUACAACAAAGUUGGGGAAAGGAUAAACCAGUUUAGAAAGUAAAAUUAGUCAGUCAAGCCAUAAUUUCAUACUUAAUAAAACCUGAAUAAGGUGAAGUAAGUAGGAACCUGAAAUUAUUACUUGAAAAUUUAAGACCUAUGAGCGAAGAAGAAAUCAAUUAUAUGCAAUUGGAAAUAGCAAUAAAGCGAAAAUGA